CGCUCCUCACACACACACUGCGGCUCUCAGCUCUGCUAAACCUGUCUCUUAUCUUCUGCAUUAACAUUCCUCCAGACCGAGCACAUUAAAGCUGCAUUCGACAACACGCUUGACCGCCUCAGAAUGUCCGACUCUUACAACACAACAUCCGCUUUGCCCUCCAGUGUUCCAGCAGCUACCUUGGAUCCAAACGCCACAUUAUGCCAGGAUUGGGAACAGUCCCAUCACCUGCUCUUCCACCUGGCCAACCUGAGUCUCGGGCUGGGUUUCCUCAUUCCCACCACAUUAGCGCUUCAUAUGGUCUUCCUCAGGCUGCUGCUGAUGACAGGCUGCUCUUUGUUCAUAGUGUGGGCUACGUUAUAUAGAUGCACACUGGAUGUGAUGGUGUGGAAUGUGGUUUUCCUUCUGGUGAACUUCAUGCAUUUCUUCUUCCUGCUUUAUAAACGCAGACCAAUUAAGAUUGACAGGGAGCUCAAAUCAGUGUACAAGCGCAUGUUCGAGCCGCUGCAUGUGCGAGAGGCUCUGUUUCAGAGGCUCACGGGUCAGUUCUGCACCAUCCAGACGUUAAAGAAAGGCCAGGUCUAUGCAGCAGAAGACAAAACCUCUGUGGACGAGCGCCUCAGCAUUCUUCUCAAAGGAAAGAUGAAGGUAUCGUACCGGGGUCAUUUCUUGCAUAACAUUUACACCAAUGCCUUCAUCGACUCUCCUGAAUUCAGGUCAACUCAGAUGAACAGGGGUGAACGCUUUCAGGUGACGAUCGCUGCUGAAGAGAACUGCAAGCUGUUGUGCUGGUCCAGAGAACGUCUGACUUAUUUCCUGGAGUCAGAGUCUUUUCUGAACGAGGUCUUCAGGUAUCUCAUUGGCAAAGACAUCACCAACAAACUUUACUCUCUCAACGAUCCAACCCUCAGUGACAAGGCUGUGAAGAAAAUGGACCGCCAGCCAAGUCUGUGUUCCCAGCUGUCUAUGAUGCAGAUGAGGAACAGUAUGGCGAGCACUAGCGACACAGAUGACGUGCUCAACCAGAUCCUGAGAGGUGGAUCAACUGGCUCAUCACUCCAGAAAAAUCCUCUAACGAAAACAUCCACGACUAUGAAGCCAAUUGAAGAAGGACUGGAAGAUGAUGUUUUUGAAUCUGAGUCCCCCACCACCUCCCAGAAUGUUUCAAAGACCACCAAAAAAGACAUUUAAACGUAUUUGAUCACCUCACAGUCUUAGCCUUUAGCAUUUCACUGCUCAUUCUAUAGAAAUGAAUGAAGGUGAGAUGAAGUGAAAAGAAAAAAGCUCACAGAUUACACUAGAGACCCAUUAGGCAGGCAGAUUUAUCCUUGAACAUAUUUUCAGAUAUCAUGUAAUCUACUGUUGUAUUUUCUUGCUUCACAUUUCAAAAACAGUUUGAUUUUUCCAUCAUUUCUCUAAUGUUCAAGUUCAAAUAUAGCUUAUGCGUUUCCUUGCAUGCUCCUGACUUCCCAAGUCCUAUUUUCACAUGUUAUAUUAUGCUGAUUACACAAUUUGUGCCUUUGAUUUGAUCACAUAACGUUACUAAGGAAUCAUUCAUCCAUUUAUUCUCUUUUCGGCUUAGUCACUUUAUUAAUCCAGAGUCGCCACAGCGGAAUGAACCGCCAACGUAUCCAGCACGUUUUACUCAGCGGAUGCCCUUCCAUCUGCAACCCAUUUCUGGGAAACAUCCACACACACGCUUACCCACUAUGGACAAUUUAGCCAACCCAAUUCACCUGUACCACAUGUCUUUGGACUGUGCGGGAAACCGGAGCACCCGGAGGAAACACAUGCGAAUGCAGGGAGAACAUGCAAACUCCACACAGAAACGCCAACCGACCCAGCCGAGGCUCGAAACAGCGACCUUCUUGCUGUGAGGUGACAGCACUACCUACUGUGCCACUGCGUCACCCUACUAAGGAAUCACUUAGGGUUAAGCCAUGUAGAAGUGUUACAUUUGAAUGUAUACUUAAUGUCCGAUUUAAAGCAUUUUAAUCUCUUGUAAGCUUUUCAUUUUAUUCUGUGACAAUAGGAUAAUGUGACGUUUGUGUGUUUGAAAUCAUAGAUACUUGAAAUCACUUUUUAAAUUAAAGAUUUGCAUCAUGCUGUC